AUGGGAAAUAGGAGAAGAGGGCUUAGAGUUUGUGAAAAUAUGAGGGUAGGUUCGAUUUUGGGAGAAGUUAGAGAAGAAAUUAGGGGAGAGAAGCAAGGAGAAGCAAGGCAUGGCCAAUGGUGUCAUUGUGUGAAGUUAGCACGGAUGCAGACUUCUUGGACCAGUUCAACCUCAGGGCGGAGAUUUCUAGUCUGCCCAAAGUCAAAGUCAUUAUUCUUGGUUGAUACAGGGAAGUGGAGACAAAAGAUGUUUGAUGCAGAAAUGUGUGAGCGUUCAAAGUCUUUGAUACCUGGUUUGCUGAGGAAGAAAGUGAAGAAGGGAUAG